AUCCAGCUUCUUACAUAACCUGUGCUGUGCUUGAGCGCACACACACAGCCCUGGCCCGAGGGUGGGAGGCCUGACGUCACCUGUCAGCCAGGGAGACAGCUGCCGAGGUUCAGGAACGGAACCAAACUCCGGAUCGAGUGCAAAGCCAGCCGGCCUCCUGCACUGCGCUGGAACUAUGCUUUCAAUUCAUGCGGAAACAGCAUGUACCGAAGACAGCGAAAGCUGCAAGUCAUGCACAUAAAUGAGAUCUAAGCUGUGGACGAAACGGAAACAUCACUGGACGAGCUCGCUGUUCUGCGCCUAUUCAGGCAGUCAAGAAGCUGACAUUUGGCGUAGGACUCCCUUGAUGUGACACCAGGAUGUUUUUCCCUGAUAACAUGAUGGGUGCAAUGAAUGUGGAGCAACUGGCUGAAAGCGGAAGACCCCAGGUUCCUUGCGACAUGGCUGCUUCGAGUUUCCCUUUGCUGAGGUCGGCUGAAAGCAGGGAGCGGCUAGAAAACACGGCUAGCGACUCCUCGGAGACGGAAGCAGCAGCAGAUAAAGAAAAAUCGAUGCAGGACAAAUCAGAGGAUUGCAGUACAGAUGAUCCAUCCAAAAAGAAAAGGCAACGGCGACAGAGGACUCAUUUUACCAGCCAGCAACUUCAGGAGCUGGAAGCCACCUUCCAAAGGAACCGGUACCCAGACAUGUCGAUGAGAGAAGAGAUCGCUGUUUGGACGAACCUUACUGAGGCCAGGGUUAGAGUUUGGUUUAAGAAUCGCCGAGCAAAAUGGAGAAAGAGGGAACGCAACCAGCAGGUGGACCUGUGUAAGAAUGGAUUUAUGCCGCAGUUUAACGGCCUGAUGCAGCCUUACGAUGACAUGUACGCCGGCUACAGCUACAACAACUGGGCGGCCAAGAGCCUGGCCCCAGGCCCACUGUCAUCCAAAAGCUUUCCAUUUCUCAGCUCCAUGAACCCACUGUCUUCUCAAUCCAUGUUCUCUGCUCCGAGCACCAUCUCCUCCAUGACAAUGCAGUCCACUAUGGUGCAUUCGGCUGUACCAGGAAUGCCAGGCUCGAGCCUCAGUAACAUUAAUAAUCUCAACAGCUCCACUCUCAAUUCAGCCAUGUCCUCGGCUGCCUGUCCGUAUGCAUCGCCGGCUCCUCCUUACGUUUACCGGGACAGUUGUAACCCUGGACUUGCUGGUCUCAGACUGAAACCUAAACAGCAUAGCAGUUUUGGAUACAGCAGUUUGCAGAAUCCAGGGUCCAGUCUUAAUGCAUGUCAAUAUGCAGUGGACAGACCCGUGUAAUAUGCAAAAUAACUGGACGUUUCAUUCAAUCUCACAGAGAGGAAGGAAAACUCCACUAAACAGGAUUUCAUUGCAACAUGCUAAUGGCGUAUGCGAGUUGCCGCUCUCCUGGAUGUCAACCACGAUUCUGUCCAAUUUCAAAAAAAAACAUAUUUAAUUGCAAGAACUUGAGUGCGAUUUUAAAAAAAAUCAUUGGGUGCUGUAGUUCGGUAUCCUUGACAGAUUUUCUCAGCUUAAGUUUACUCAUUACUGAACAAUCGAAAGUGGAUUUGUGUAUAUAUAGAAAUCAAUUAUAUUAUUGUUAAACGUUGCAAUACAUUGAAAAUAUAAAGUUUUAAAACGAUUUAAACAAACAAAAAGGAUGCAUGUCUAUUGCUGUACCCCAGAUGAAGGAAUGUUCGAAAUUACUUCCAUUUCUAACUCAGCAGCAAGAAAAAAAAGCUACCUCUACACUGCGAUUAUUUCGCCCCAAAAUGAAAAUAACUCGAUUUUUUUAACAAAGGCAUGUUACAAAUCGAUUGUUUUUAACCUAGAAUGGCUUUUGAAUGGAUUGACAUUUUUUUAAAAAGGCAACGGAGAGUAUAAAUAGUACCUAAUAUGUGUUUUCAGGCUGAUUUAUCUUUACUGUUUUUUUCACUUCCGGUCACUGUCCAAAAUGACGGUUGAUUUCUUUUCCUGGUGGCAUCUCGGAAGCAGGGUUGUACAGUGUAGAUUGCUGUAAUAAAAUUU